AUGUUUGACAAUACGACCGCACCGGUGAACGCUUACGACAUCCCGACACCACCACCUUACACACUCAAACCGCAACCGUCCCUCAUACCAGGCAUCGCGGACCAACAUCUCGUGCUCGCGCUACCUAUUAUCGCGUACUGGGCGUUUUCGCUGCUCUUCCACCUUAUCGAUGAAUACGAUCUGUUCCCGCAGCACAGGCUACACACGCCGGCGGAAGUGCUGAAGAGGAAUCAUGCCAGUCGGUGGGAUGUUUUCCGUGAUGUGAUCAUACAACAGCUCGUGCAGACGGCAUUCGGACUGGGUCUGGCGUAUUUCGAAGGCGUGCCAACCUAUGGAAGUGAAGAGCACGAUGUGGCCGUUUGGGCGGGGCGGAUCAGACUGGCACAGAGGGGCAUUCCAGCACUGCUCGCAACACUGGGAGUUGACUCGGCAGGGCUGGUUGAGAAGCUAGGGAGCGACAACUCGAUAUUGGCCGGCAUGCUCUCAGGCGGCUUCUACCCGACAGAGUUACUCUCCGGCCAAUCGACAGCUCCUGCGUUCGCGCAGUGGGAACUAACGGCCGCAAAUGCGGUCUACCAUAUAAUCGUCCCGGCUUGCCAAUUCCUCCUCGCGAUCUGCAUCGUCGACACAUACCAAUACUUUGUACACCGGGGCAUGCACAUGAACAAGUGGCUCUACACCACGCUGCACUCGCGACACCACAGGCUCUACGUGCCAUACGCCUACGGUGCGCUCUACAACCACCCUCUAGAAGGCCUGUUCCUUGAUACUGUUGGAACGGGGCUGGCAUACUUGAUCAGUGGCUUGACUGUAAGGCAAUCGAUGUGGCUCUUCACGUGCGCCACCAUCAAGACCGUGGACGACCACUGCGGGUAUGCAUUCCCAUGGGACCCGCUGCAGCACUUAACGAGCAACAACGCCGGCUACCACGACGUGCACCACCAGAGCUGGGGUAUCAAGACUAACUUCUCCCAACCUUUCUUCACCUUCUGGGAUCAACUGCUUGGCACGAAGUGGACAGGCGGCGACGUGAGCGCGCGAUACGAGCGUGCGAAGAUCGCGGCGCAGAAGAAGGUCGACGCCGAUGCGAAGGCUGUAACUGCAUCGAGGCCGAGAGACAGCGUUUCUGCCGUGAACGCUGAGCCCUACGAUGUCAACAACACCUCUUCCGCAGCAAGGACUGCACAGAGUGUCACCGAACCUCGUAUACCCGCCGGCAAGGCAGCCAUUCAAGCAUUGUCCAGCCGACAACAAAUUCUCGACGACACUCAAAGUGGCGGCAUCGGCGUCUUGGCUGAAGAGUCGACAGAGGAGGUGCGAGAGCGGCAGAAACCCACAUUCCGAAGUCCUAGGAAGCGGACGGCGAGUUCGGGUCUCAAGGGCUUCGCUGACAGGGUUGGCGAGAGUCUGCAAGGGCGGAACACGGGUGUGCUGGGGGUGGAGAGGACGAAGAAGAGAUCGGCUCGAUUGUCAAGAGAGUCUCAAAAGCCAUGCGGUUCCUGCACACUUUCCAAUCCGCUCGAGAGGAGCUUGUCUGCCAUAUCCAGUCACUUGCGGUGGGCCGAGACUUGGGUCAAGAUGAAGUUCGCCAUCCUCGCAGCACUCACGCUGUCUGCGUCCGCGGCCGCAAGCUAUGUCAGGAAUCUGAACUACAACUCUCCGUCGAUCAACCAUCCCGGUCUCGGCAUCUCUCUGCACAAGGUCAACAAACGUAACACAUUGGGCAAGAGAUUCGAUGCUUCCUCGCUCAACUUCACGCAUAGCGUGGCGUCUGGCGACCCAUACUCGGACUCGGUGAUCCUCUGGCAAGUUUGGCAAUCAGUUCAAGAAGGCUCUCGCUGA